UUUAAGUCCCUUUUGCUUCGAUGAUCUACGAGUCCAUGUCCGAUCCAAUCGAUUUACUUAUUGUACUCUCGUGCUACCGGACAUACUCUAAUCUUUCUACUUCUCCGUCACCAUCUAUACUUCCUAUUUUACUCUUUCAAUCCGUCCAUCUCGUUCCUAUAGUUUCUCCUAUAUUUCUUUUGUUGCCGCCAUUGUCUCUCCUGCUCUAUCACUUUUUUUAAAUUUCUAUGGAAUACUAUACCACAGCUUUCUAUGGUACACCUUGACGGCUAAAAAGACAGUUCGUUUCACAUACAAUCGCUCUUGUGUGUGAAUCCUAAAUAUAUACGAACCAUGGUUUGCGCAGCCUCUUCUUUGACGGUGGAGUCCUAUGAGGAUGUUACCACCAGUACGAUGGCGUCUGGAAGAGAAGAUACCAAACCGCUAAAUAGGAGACGCCAUUCCUCCUUUCACCCGAAACGAACCGCCAGCGAACAACUGAUGGAUGGCGAGGAAGGUCUGAUGCUCAAGGUAUUUUUCUGAAUGAUAUUUGGAUUGUGGCGCAUAGAGUCUAAUGGAGAGAAAGGUCGAUAUAUUCCUGUCGGAACUUGAGCGCAGAUUAGAUUUCAUUGAGAAAUAUGGAAACCUUACUUUCGAUUCGAGUAUUUCAUGGUCAUAUGCGACGUUACAGGCUGUGAGGAUGAGAUGUUCGCAGGUCUCGGGAGAGGUAAUAGGGGCUACGAAAAGGCGGGCGAGGAUUAUGGUUGAAACUGUCGAAUCGAGAUACCAAGAUGCUUUAGCAGCGCAUGAAACAUUACACGAGAAGGUCCAUACAGGCAUUGGGUUGUUGGAAGGGAUUCUGUCCGAGUUCGAAGCAAGAGCAUAUAAAGUAAAGGAGAAGGGUUUACGGGGUACAGCGGAAAGUUUGAUGGAUGAGGGGCGCAAAAUUGUGGAUGAGGGAUUGGGAAAAGCUAGAGAAGUGGUCGAUGAAGGUUUCGAAAGAGCGAAGAAGGCCGCCGGGACAGUGGAAGAACAUAUCGAAAAUGCGAUUGCUCGAGCAAAGAAACACGGACUCAUCAGAUACGAAGACUUACCCGUUCCAUGGCGUGUCAACCCACAUAUCGUCGAAGGUUACCGCUUCACUGAAUCAAAGGUGGAAUGCAUCCAGUCGAUGUUCGGAUUAUCAAACGAAACAGUGAAUAUUUGGUCACAUGCAAUCGGCUUGCUCAUCGUUCUAUCGAUCGCAUUUUACUUCUAUCCUUCCAGUCAUGCAUUUUCCCUGAGUACGAAAGCCGAUGUCGUCAUUGCGGCAUGCUUCUUCUUUGCUGCUUGCAAAUGCCUAGUCUGCAGUACAAUGUGGCAUACAAUGAACAGUGUAGCUGAUCAAACACUCCUGGAAAGGUUCGCUUGUGUCGAUUAUACUGGCAUCUCAUUACUCAUCGCUGCUUCUAUCAUGACAGCCGAUUAUACAGCUUUUUACUGUGAGCCUGUAAGUCGUUGGCUAUACAUGGGCGUGACUGCUGCCCUUGGUUUGGGAGGUGUUAUUCUUCCUUGGCAUCCAACCUUCAACCGACAAGAUAUGGCUUGGGCACGCGUGGCUUUCUACGUCUGUCUCGGCGCAACUGGUUUUGUCCCUGCCCUUCAACUCAAUCUCACUCGUGGUGGAGCAUGGGCUGCGGAAUUUUAUGCCCCUCUUGCUAAGAGUAUCACUGUCUAUUUACUAGGCGCAUGCGUUUAUGCUAGUCAAGUACCUGAACGAUGGUGUCCAGGCGCUUUUGAUUACAUUGGGGGUAGUCAUAACCUCUGGCAUUUUGCCGUCUUGGGUGGAAUCCUUUUCCAUUAUGUCGCGAUGCAGGAAUUCUUUGCAAAUGCAUUCGCUAGGGCUGAAAAUGGUUGCACGAUGUAUUGAUUCAUUACUUGGUCAUCGUGGAAGGGUUAAAAGUUCUGUGAUGUUAUAUUUGUCUUUUUAAUUAGGUUGGGUUGAGCAUGGCGAGGCGUUGUAUCUUUUGGAUGAUAUUGCAGUUGCAUUGCACUACAUUGUAUUGCAUUACAAUAGGGUAGUGUAGAGUAGAGUAGAGUAGAGUAAAGUAGGAUAGAGUAGAAUAGAAGAAGAGAUAGAAAAACUUUAAUUUUCCUAGGAAACAAAUUGGUUUAAAUAUAUGUAUGUGGGAAAUUUAU